AUGGUCAGCAAUGGCCCGCAGAGCCCCUUGGACUCGCUUGCUCCCGAGAACUUGUACAUCAUCAUCAACGUGGCUUGCGCGUUCUGCCAAAUCAGACCGCGCGGAAUCGCGCCGUCGUGUCGCCCCACACCCCACAUCGAGGAGUCGACGACCAUAACGUCCGCACCUCUCCAUCCUUUCGUACAACAGCUUGCUGACCACAUACACUACAAUAUGAACUUUACCCAGUCUCAACAAGUACUCGCGCCUCUUCACUCAAGAUGUCACCAACGGUGGCGCCAAAGGUGAGCGCUCCGGCGCCGGAACUUGUUCCCCCCCCCACGCAUGGGUGACUGCGUGGGUGACUGCUUCGGACCGACUUUCCGGGCGGGCGGGUCACCGGUCCCCGACGAGGAGACGAUCUCCCCUCCAGACCCCUUCCGCCCUAGCCAAUCGGUACUAACCUAAGGAUGCGCAUCUGUUUCGUCAAAAGCCAUGCUGUACGCCACGGGCAUGACGGACGAACAGAUGAAACUACCUCAAAUCGGCAUCUCGUCCAUCUGGUUCGAGGGCAACCCUUGCAACGCCCAUCUGAGAGGUUUGGGGGAUAAAGUUGCCAAGGGGUGCGAGUUGGAGGGGCUGGUGGGACUGCAGCAUUCGACGAUUGGGGUUUCGGAUGGUCAGGUAUGUUGCCGAGUUUGUUGCGGGCUUGCCCCCCGGUGAAUACACCUUCUAACCGUGGUGAAGAGUCUUACAGACCCAAGGCAACCCUGGAAUGAGUUUCUCUCUGCCGAGCAGGGACUUAAUCGCCGAUGCGAUCGAGAUGAUCAUCACCGCCCAGAGCUACGAUGGCAACAUCUCCAUUCCGGGAUGCGACAAGAACGUGAGCUCUCAUUCCACUUCACCCAGGAUCACCGACCAAACUGACCGUUUUGCCAUCGGCUGAGAAACCCAUCCAGAUGCCCGGCUGUCUCAUGGCCGCUGCCCGCCACAACAAACCCACGCUCAUCAUCUACGGAGGCACGAUCGCCGCGGGUAAACGCACGAUCGACUGUCCUUCGAUGGGCUUCAAGAAAGGGGAGGACAUCACCAUUGGCGAUGCGUUCGAAUCGUACGGCGCUUGGGCGACGGGAAGGAUCAGCGAUGCAGAGAAGGAUGACGUCGUCAAGCACUCAUGUCCCGGUGCGGGGGCUUGUGGAGGCAUGUUCACAGCUAAUACGUGAGUCUGGAGGGGAUUUGGGUGCUUCUGAAAUUGGACUAAGAUAUGGACGAGGAGGGCUCAACAGGAUGAGCACGGUGCUCGAGGUGCUCGGCAUGAGCUUGCCUUACUCGUCGUCGAUCCCCGCCGAGUAUCCAGGUAAGUGACGGCCUUGCUUCUUCCCGGCUUCGUUUGCUCAGACCUUGGUCUUUGUUGUCGUACGGAUCACAGAGAAGCAACAAGAAUGUCUCCGAGCCGCCAAGUUCAUGCGCAUCCUCCUGGAGAAGGACCUCAAGCCUCGCGACAUUAUGACGAGACAGUCCUUCCUCAACGCCAUCACCAUGUGCAUGAUCAUCGGCGGCUCGACCAACUCGGUCCUCCAUCUCUUAGCCAUCGCUCGAUCCGCCGAUAUCCCAUUGACAACGGACGAUUUCGUCGCUAUCGCCAACAAGACCCCUGUCUUGUGCGAUCUGAAACCCUCCGGAGCUUACGUGAUGGAGGAUCUGCACAAGAUCGGUGGGAUCCCUUCGAUUUUGAAGUACCUCAUCAAAGAGACGGAUUUGAUCGAUGGGUCGCAGAUGACUGUGACGGGCCAGACUUUGGGGCAGAAUGUUGAGGAUGCGCAGGAUCUCGAUUUCGAGAAACAGGAUGUUGUUCGUCCGUUGAACAAGCCGAUCAAAGCGACGGGCCAUCUUGUGAUCGUAAGUGGCCCUACCAUACUCGAAGGGCCCCCAUAAGCUGAACCUGCUCACGACUCGGAUUAUUGCAGCUGAAAGGCAACCUAGCCCCCAAGUCCGCCGUCUCCAAGAUCACAGGCAAAGAAGGCCUCUCGUUCCGCGGCCCAGCGAAGUGCUUCGACGACGAGCCGUCCUUUUACCCCGCUUUGUCCAAGGGGGAGAUUAAACCAGGUAUGGCCGUGGUGUUGAGGUAUCUGGGCCCUAAAGGUGGACCGGGUAUGCCGGAAAGUAAGUCCCCUUGCAGCCAGACUAUCACCAUCGAAGCCUACUAAUUGAUCUGUGUCUACAAUAGUGUUGGGCCCAACCGGAGCUUUGAUGGGCGCUGGGCUCGGAGGCUCGGUCUGCUUGUUGACUGACGGAAGGUUCUCCGGAGCGUCGAGGGGUUUCAUCAUCGUACGUGUCCCCUCAAACUUUCCGCCCUCCGAGCGUCCACCGACUAACCAAAAAAACAAAAACAAAAACCUCCCUCGGAUCUCCUCCAAUCGUAGGGCCACAUCACUCCCGAAGCCGCGAUCGGAGGCCCCAUCGCCCUCGUCCAAGACGGUGAUAUGAUCCACAUCGACGCCGUCACACGUGAGAUCACUGUCGAGGUCGACGACAAGACGCUGGAGGAGAGAAAGAAGGGUUGGAAAGCACCGGCGCAUAAGCAUCGUAGGGGGGUGUUGUACAGAUAUGCUCGAGUACGUAUAAGAACUCGUCGGUUAAGGUGGGCCUUCGUUCUGCGGUAGAAAAACUGAUCCUCUUGCUUGGGUGGUCUUUCACUACAGGACGUCAAGGGUGCGGAUGAGGGGGCUUACACGGACUGA